ACGCUUCACAUGUGACACUCUUAUUUUCUGUUUACAAAUAUAAAACUAUUAUUUCAGUAGAAAAUAAUUAAAUCGACAUAAAUUGGUGUUUGGAUCAUUUGUUUGAAAUUUCUAAAAUGAGGCAAAGAUACGAUAUAAACAUGCUUCCUGGAACGAUCGCCAUAAUGCUACUCAUUGUUCGAGUAGCAACAGCAGACGUCUGUGAAAGUAAAAUUAAUGAAGAAAGUUGUGUGACUGAAGUAGUGUGUGAUAAAUAUUUCAAUUUAAGAUAUUAUUAUGAAAUUAGUAAACGCUGCACUCCUAUGAUGUUAUAUAAUCCGAAUAUUGGAAAUAUCCUUCCAAUACAUUUAGUUUACAAACGAAGAAAUGAAGCAGAUGGAGCAGAAAUUCCAAAAAGUAUUGAUUACGGAAUAUACUAUUAUGAUUAUAUAACAACACUAGAAUUAAGCAGAAAUUAUUAUGAUAAAUUUCCACUAAUAAAACACAUGAAUAGAUUGCGUCUACUAAAUGUUUCGUACAAUUCUAUUACAAUUGCCAAAUUGAGCUCAAGAUACACAUUCCCCGAUUUAGAAGAAAUUGAUCUUUCACAUAAUACAAUAGAAGAAUUUGAAAUUAGUGCUAUGGAAUCACCGUUCAGUAGCUUACUAAGAUUAAAUGUUUCUUAUAAUAAACUGAAUGAGAUAAAAGAAGCGGUAUUUGAUCGAUUUGCCAAUUUACAAAUGUUAGAUGUUUCAUUUAAUGAAAUAUCGAACAUUAACCCAUUUUCAUUUGAAGGUAUUAAAAAUUUGGUCUAUUUAAACUUAGCUUACAAUAAAAUUGACGAAAUUAAUGGAUCUCUGUUUAGAUUCACAAAACUCACUCAUUUGAAUUUGAGUAACAACAGAAUACAAAACAUCUUGUUAAAAGACUUCGAGAAGUUACUUCAAUUAAAAGAAUUAGAUUUAAGUUAUAAUGCACUACUAACAAUUGAGAAGAAGACAUUUCAAGGUAUGAGUCUUUUAACUAGUGUUUAUUUAAAUAAUAAUGUUUUAAAGGUAUUAGAAAAGGAAAUGUUUCAUGAAAAGACGGAUUUGAAAACUAUCGACUUAUCAUAUAAUGAAAUAAGAAUUCUCCCUAAGUUUAUGUUUGACGGUAAAAGUAUAGAAAACUUUGAUAUACAGCGAAAUAACUUAGAAGGCGUCCUAACCAAUGGUACGUUUAAGGGGUUAAUGUUUAUUUUGAAAUUAGACUUGAGCUAUCAAAGCAUAAAUGGCAUUGACGAUUACGCAUUUACUGGGCUCGAUAAAUUAGAAGAACUGUUUUUAAAUCAUAACGAAAUAAAUUCUGUAUCGCCAAAAUCAUUUGACAAUUUGCUAAAUUUAAAAAAGCUUCAUCUUUCCAACAAUCAAAUUGCUAAUCUAGAUUUUGCAUUGAACAAUCUGAAAACUCUUAAAUUUCUAUCAGUUAGCUAUAAUUUCAUUGGGUUUAUUAAAAACAAAUACUUUAAUGAUUUGGUUGCGUUAGAAUAUCUAGAUAUUUCUUAUAAUAAUAUAUCUAAGAUAGAACCUAAAUCUUUUGAAAAUCUAACUCGAUUGGUCGAUUUUGAUGUUUCUAAUAAUGCAUUAACAGAUGUUUUAGAAAGUGAUACGUUCUGUGGUUUGAUGUCAAUACCAAUACUAGAUGUUUCUUCCUCGUUUUUAACAACUAUUAAGAACAGUUCUUUUAACCACAUGUUAAAUCUUCAGAAACUAAAUAUAUCACUCAGUGCUGUGAAUGAGGUAAAUUUUAAUGCUUUUAUUCAUACGGGAAAUAUAAAUAUACUUGAUUUAUCACACAACGCACUGAAAUAUAUAGAUAUCAAUAUAACAACCCUCGCUAAUCUUAGCGUUUUAUAUUUAAACCACAAUCGAAUAACUGAUCUGGCAUCAAAUCUUUUUAUGAACAUGAAAAUGUUAAGUUUAAUCGACCUUUCAUUUAACGAUAUAAAAUAUUUAAAUGACAAAACAUUUUCAAACUGCACAGAACUUUCGUAUUUAGAUGUAUCAUACAACAAGCAUUUGAAUUUUAACGUAUCUUUGAUGGAAAAUCUAAAUCGUUUAAAUAAACUUUUACUAUCUGGUAUUGAUAAAAAUAUCCAAUUCGACAAAACUAUCGAUUCACCUUUGAUAAUAUUAAAUAUGCAAAAUUCUAGUGUCACUAAUAUAACGAGGCUUGGAAUUAAUCAAUUUUGGUCACUCAAUGAAUUAAUUUUAAGCAAAAAUAAUAUAAAAAUUUUAGGAGUCGGAGCACUCACUAAUUUAACUAAAUUGGGCUUAUUAGAUUUAAGUUUCAAUAAAAUACAAUUUAUUCAACCAGGUUCUUUCAAAGACAAUAGCCACUUACGUGUUCUGAAUAUUUCUCAUAAUCAUUUGACAGCUCUCACUUAUGGUACUUUCCGUGGUUUAAUUUCUUUGGAGACUCUUGAUUUAUCUUACAAUGAAAUACCGGAUUUACAAGGCGAACGCUUCUAUGAUAUACAAGGAUUGAGAGUUUUGAUAAUUGACUUCAAUAAAAUAAGCAAAAUUGAUUUUGAAUCCACAAUUCAUUUUACAUCAUUGAGCAUUGGCGGAAAUCCUAUUCCUUGUGAAAUAUUAGUUAAAUUGAAGAUAAAUGGUCUUUCAAUAACAGCCAUAAAAUUAGACGAACAUUCCAAUGAAAAUAUUGACGGAGUCUCCUGUCAUGGUCAGCGUGGCAUCAAACGGAUGGAAAAUAGCAGUAAAUCCAUCGAAAACAACGACGUUUUAAACGAUAUAAGGGAGAUAUUAAUAAGCUUAUCAGAAAGAAAAUCAACUGAAGAAAUAUCGAGAGUGAUAAAUACUGAAAACGAUUUUAGUCAAAAAUUUGAGAAGUUAAUAACUGAUCAAACUUUGAAAAUGGAUAGAAAUAUAAAGAACGGCGAGGAAAUUAUUCGAAAUAAUAACAUAACAAAUUCAUUUUUAGAACGAAUGUUAAAGUUGAUGGUUGCUAUGAAUUCCCAAGCGACAUCGAAACAAGUGACGAUAGUAAAGGAGAAUGCUACAUACGAAAAUAUAUUACCAUAUAUAGAGCAAGUUAAACAAGGCUUAGAAAGCUCGUUUACAAUAGAAAAGGAAAAGAUCAUUUCUGACUUUAAUGACAAAAUGGCAUUGAUAAAUAAAAAGUUAGAAGAAGUCUCCAUUAAAACCACAGAAAAGCCCGUUAUCCAAGCGAACAAAGCAGACUCUUUCUUGUUUUCCAAUAUAUGCAUUGGCUUAAUAUUAUUGAUUCUGUUGUGUUUCAUAUCGUUUAAAAUAUACGAAUCAAAAGUUAUGUUGGCUAGACGUAGGACAAUAAGUAUUCAACGAAUUGCUAACGCCAUGGAUAAUUCAAAUUUGUAAACUUUUCAUAUUAUCGAUUAUUUUUUAAGCUUUCAUUAAUUAAGUAAGUUAGUUAAAUUCUAAUGUAUUAAUUAAAAUUAAAACUUUAUGAUGAUGUGAUAAAAUAUACCUUAAGAAGUGUU